AUGGAUCCAAACGAUUACAUGAAUCCUUAUCGUCCCACCUCUAGCUAUUUGAAUCUGUUACAAAGUCAACUUGAUACCCAAAACCUCGAUUACUCUCCUUCUCUAAGUCCAUGUUCUGAAGCUCCAUCUUCACCUGCAUCCCCACAAGAAAACCGCAAGUCAAGGCAAGCAUGGUUACCAAUAAAUGAUACCAUGUUGGUCAGCGCUUGGCUCAACACUAGCACGGAUCUGAUUACUUCCAACCAACAAAGACUUGCAUCCUUUUGGGGGAGGAUUGCGAAAUACUUUGCAUCCUGUCCGAAUGUUGUUAGUCGGCCAAAGAGAGAGGCGAGUCACUGUAAGCAGAGGUGGGGGAGGAUAAACGACUUGGUGUGCAAGUUUGCUGGAUGUUAUGAGGCUGCGAGUAGGGAGAAAUCUAGUGGACAGAAUGAAGAUGAUGUGAUGAAGUUAGCACAUGAGAUAUGCUUUAAUGAUCAUGGACAUAGGUUUACAUUGGAGCAUGCAUGGCUUGUCUUAAGGUACGAUCAAAAAUGGUGUGCCUCCACAUAUAUUAAAGCUAAUGGAGUGAAAAGGGGAAGAGCGAGUGUUGAAGCUGCGAUUGAUGUCGAUGAACCAAUGCCCCGACCUCCUAGUGUUAAGGCUGCGAAGGGGAAGUAA